AUGACGAAGCGUAAGGCAGUUCAGCAAGUUGAAGAGGCUGGAAAUGAUUAUGAUAAUGGCGGAGUGCAAGGGCCGAUUGAUGACAAGACCGACGAUUUUAGCAACUUAACUGUUCCUCAAUUGAAAUAUGAAUUAGAACUUCGUGGUCUGCGAAGAUCCGGUCGUAAAGCAGAACUUCUAGCACGCCUGCUAGAACACGCUGAAACCUGUCGACAACAAGAGCCACAAACCAAACGAGCCAGAACCCAAUCUCAACACCCUGCGCUCACGGAAAAUAAUGUCAUUGACCUAGAAGAUGAGGAUGUCACAUUCGAUGUUGCUGGAUUUGGCGGCGAACAACGUUUGAGACCGUUCGUUGAAGCACCUGAUGCCAAGUUCAAAGACAAAUUGAAGAGAAUCCAAAAGGAUCGUAUGUUUAUGCUUGAUCGUAGGAGAGGACUUGAUAGAGAUGGAUAUCUCUGUGAGACGUUCGAUAUUGCGGGCAGUACAGGAAACGUUUAUCAAACAACGAUUGGCCGGAGUCCAAAUUGUGUUUGCAUGGAUGCACGUAUUAGAGGCCAAAAGUGCAAGCAUAUCAACUAUGCGUUGAUCAAAAUUCUCAAGGCUCCUCCACAACUUUGCUACCAACAAGCCUUCCUCUCUACCGAACUAGAGCUCAUUUUUGCCAAUGCACCUGUCACUCAAGCACCCGUUUUUGAACCUCAUAAACACAUCGAAGACGACUCAUUGCACAACCGAAAACGUAAGCCGCUUGACGUCGACUGUCCAAUUUGUGUCUGCAGCAUGGAAGAGGAUGAGGGUAUCGUCUGGUGCAAAGCAGCUUGUGGCCAAAACUUUCACGCUGACUGUAUCGAUCAAUGGAAGCGGAGUAAGAAUGGCGGUCGAGUUACUUGUCCAUAUUGUCGGGCGGACUGGCAGGAUACCGAUAAUCUAGCAGCUCCUCCUGGUACUUUGGCGGGAUUGAAAGCAAUUGCACCGAAGCUCGGAAGUUACCAGAAUGUGGCGCAUCUUAUGUCGCAAUAUCAGGAGCUUGAAAAACCUCACGACAAGAAUGAUGAUCUUGUAGGUUAUGAAUACGACUAUGACUAG